GCAAGGAGGGUUUCAUAUUGUCUGUACCUGGUUGACAUAUGGCUUAAUUAACUUGAUUCCUUUCUUGUGGAAAGAAUGGACUGUAGAAAUAUAUAGUGUUUGUUGUAUCUGUAGCUUGUUGCUAUUAUGUUUCUUGUGGAAGCAUGGACUGACGGGCAGAUAUCCAAUUUUCACUCAGGUAGACUGGUUUAAACCCUCAAUUGACAAAAGGAAAGUGAGGAAGGUCGCGAGAUGUUCCCAUCAAAAUCUUGAAGAGGUGGAGGUGUUUGGGUAUUAUGGCCGCAAAAGUGAACUGGAACUUGUCAUAUACUUACUGGAGAAUGCGGUUGCCCUCAAGAAAAUUAUUAUUGAUCCCCAUAAUCCCUUUUUACCAGACCGCCCAAAGAAAAUUGGUCAAAUCGAGAAAGAAAAGGCCGCACGAGUUCGUGCCAAGCGGCAGUUGAAAGGUAGAGUAACAGUAGGAAUUGAAUUAGUGAUACUUUGAUUUGUAAAACUAGCUCUGUUGAGCGUUUACAAUUUGUUUAGGAGAAUUAUGAGGGCUAUUGUGGUGAUGUAUUUUUGGCGAGAUUUGGGUAGUGGUUUUUGCGAGAGACUUGUUUUUGUUGCUUUUAAUUGGUUAUUUUUUAAUUUAAGUUUACCUUCAUUUUAAUUUGUUCUGGUACACGAAGCACUUUUGGGAGACUUUCCCUCUAAGAUUGUAUGUGUCUAUUAGUCAUUUAAUGUGAAAGUUUACCAAAGGAAC